CUGAGAAACGGCGACCCAGCAGGGCGGCGCCAUGAACCUCCUGCCGUGUAACCAUCACCGCAACGGGCUGCUGUACGCUGGCUUCGACCAGGACCACAGAUGCUUUGCGUGUGGGAUGGAAAAUGGAUUCCGAGUCUAUAACACUGAUCCACUAAAUGAAAAAGAGAAACAAGAAUUUCUAGAAGGAGGAGUUGGCCAUGUUGAAAUGUUAUUUCGCUGCCACUAUUUAGCUUUAGUCGGUGGUGGAAAAAAGCCAAAAUACCCUCCCAACAAAGUAAUGAUCUGGGAUGACCUGAAGAAGAAGACUGUUAUUGAAAUAGAAUUUUCUACAGAAGUCAAGGCAGUCAAACUGCGGCGAGAUAGAAUUGUGGUGGUUUUGGACUCCGUAAUUAAGGUGUUCACAUUCACACACAAUCCCCAACGGUUGCACAUCUUCAAAACCUGCUAUAACCCCAAAGGCCUCUGUGUCCUUUGUCCCAAUAGUAACAACUCCCUCCUGGCCUUUCCGGGCACGCACACGGGCCAUGUGCAGCUUGUGGACCUGGCCAGCACAGAGAAGCCACCAGUGGACAUUCCUGCACACGAGGGUGUCCUGAGCUGCAGUGCACUCAAACUGCAGGGAACAAGAAUUGCAACUGCAUCCGAGAAAGGGACCCUUAUAAGAAUAUUUGAUACUUCCUCAGGGCGUUUAAUUCAGGAACUGCGAAGAGGAUCUCAAGCAGCCAAUAUUUACUGCAUUAACUUCAAUCAGGAUGCGCCCCUCAUCUGCGUAUCCAGCGACCAUGGCACAGUGCAUAUUUUUGCAUCUGAAGAUCUAAAAAGGAAUAAACAGUCCAGUUUGGCCUCAGCCAGUUUCCUUCCAAAAUACUUCAGUUACAAGUGGAGUUUCUCCAAGUUUCAGGUUCCCUCAGGCUCUCCAUGCAUUUGUGCCUUUGGAACACAGCCAAACGCCGUCAUUGCAAUUUGUGCAGAUUGCAGCUACUACAAACUCCUGUUCAACCCCAAGGGGGAGUGCAUCUGAGAUGUCUACGCGCAGUUUCUAGAGAUGACUGAUGACAAGCUGUGACUCCCCUGCUGGGGGCGCCACAGCACCCACCACCUGCCGCCUUCAGGCUCUCGGGGCUGGUGCCAGAGCCCCAGGGGCCUCCUGGGCCGCGGGCUGGAGGGGCUGCCCAGGGACCUUGGUCUCGAAGCCUUAGGUGGUUGUCUGCUUUCCUAAGGACUCCCAUUUCCAGUAUUAAAGAGAAA